CGCAACUUUAUGGAAAUUAGGCCAGCGAUAUAGAACAUGUUCCACAAUGUGCAUGGCUGGCACUUAUACUAACGCAGCGAACGUGAACUUGCUGCUGACGGAUUUAACCCUCGGUCUGCGCUCAUUACAUGGAGAGACACUCUACUGCAACAGACGGCGAUGGUGAAUAUGACUACGCCGAUGACUUCACGGAUGAUUCUGAUGAUAAUGAGCUGCCAUUGCCGGGCCUACACGACCAAGGCGAGUCGAUGCGGUGGCCUGGAGACGAUGACUGGCGGCUUCCAGGACUGUUGGCACAGGGUACGCUGGACAACGAAGCUGGCGACGCCGGCCGCAGGCCCGAUCGCUCAGACGACAGCUCCUCUGCCGAGGUCCUCCUAGAGGACGAGCCCCAGCCCCGAACUAUCGGCGCGGGCCCCUCGCGUCCGAUGGCUGCAGCGGACGCAUACCCGCGGAAUCCCUGGGUCUUACAGCGGGCGGGGGCUCCCGACCUAGCUGCCACCUUACCGCGAGGCAGCAGCCCAGGCCACUUCGCGGCGUCCCAGCGGCGUAGCAGCAGCAUCCUCCACAGCCUCCGGCGUGCACCCCCAUCCCCGUUUCGGACCUCGGCUGCCUCCAUGGGGCCCCUGGGCAGCAGCAGCAGCAGCGGCGGUGGCGGUGGCAGCGGCGGCGGUGGCUUCCGGCAGCGUGAUUCCUUGCCGGCGCUGCAGCAGCAGCAGUCGCAGCCCGCCGGUUUCUCCAUGGAGCAUCGUGCCAGCAACCAGCACCCACAGCACGCGUACCAGUACCAAAGCAUGCAUGCCCAGCAGCAACAACAACAGCAACAACUGCAGCCACAAUAUCAGCAGCAGCAACGGCAGCAGUACCGUCAGCAGCAGCAGCAACAACCACAGCAACAGCAGGACCUUUUCGGCGGGCCGCCACCCUCGCGGCAGCAGCUGCUGCCACCCGUUCAACUACGGCAGUUACAACCACCGCAACCGCAGCAGCAACACCAACCGCUGCUGCUGCGGACACAACCACAACAACAAGUACCGCAGCCGCAGCAACACCAGCAGCAAAGACAGUUCCAACCGCAACCACCACUCUCCCGCCAACCCGAUUCUCGAGGGAGCGGCUCAGCCAUGCAGGGCUUCCGGUCCAUGGGGAUGAGCCUCCGGGACAGCAGCUUCGAGGAUCCCCUACGUGGGCGUGGAGCUGCCGCUGCUGACGAGGGCAUGAGUUCCAGCGGGGCCAUGGGUGGUGGUGGUGGAGGUGGUGGAGGAGGUGGAAGCGGCUGGCCAACCUACCUCAUAGUGGAUCCCUAUGCUCGCGCACUCUCCUCCUCCUGCUCCUCCUCCGCAUCAGCCAGCCCUAGUGCCAGUCCCCUGCCCCGCCAUUUUACCCUGCAAGCCCCCAGCAGCAGCGGCCAGCAGCACUGGUACGGAACCCAAUACUCGAACUCGCAAUACGAACAGGACUUUGGUUUGGGUCUGGGCCUGGGACUGGGUCGGGGCCUGGGCGGCGGCGAGGAUAGCGCCGGGUUGAUGAGUAGGGACGGCGGCGAGGGGAUGUCGCUAGGGCUAGUGGAUCACCGGCUUAGCGGGUACGGCCUGGGGUUGGGGCUUGUGCAGGACGCCGCAGCCGAUCGCUCACUUAGCAGCAGCGACAGCAGCAGGAGCAGUCGCAGUCGCACCAGCAGACCUAGCAUGCCUGCAGGCCACGGCACCAAUCAUGGACGCGGGCAUAGAUGGGACGACGGCGUCAGCGCAAGCGCUAGCGGGACCGGUGGCCGGUACGAUCCCGGGCAGUCCAGAUCCAGCGGCGGCGGCGCCGCCGCCGCCGCCGGCGGCAGUAACGGCAGUGUCGUACAUUUACCGCCGCUGUGGCCGUCGGGAGGGUUAGGUGAGGAGCGUCGGUUGGGGAGUGCCGCCUCCUCUUCCACGGCUGCGGGGGCGGGGUGGCGUCCGCCGCCGCUGGAGAUCCCUCGCGGCCACCACCUGGCUGCGGGCAGUGUCAGCGGCAGCCUGAGCGGGCGGUGGCGGCCCUCGCUGGACGAUGAUGCGGGAACGGCGCUGGGAUCACCUGCGGGAGGUUCGGGCAUCCCACAACUAAGGAGUGUAGGGGAGCCGGGCUGGGAGCGUCGCUACGGCGGCAUAGGCGGGGGCGCUGGCUACGGUUUGGCUCACGGCAUUGGCAGGAGCACGAGCAGCAGCAGCAGCACCCCGGGGAGGUACAGCGCCCGCAGUGGCCUGGGCAGCGGCGGCCUGGGUGGCGGGGGCAUGGGUGGCACGCUAGGCGGCGGCAGCGGCGGCGCGCAAAACGACAGCCGAGGCAGCGCAAGCGGCAGUGGGCUUAGUCGUGGGGGGCUCAGCAGUGGUGGAGCUCGUUGUUUCGCAUCUCUGGACAGUUCCAGUGGGCAGUACGAACGCCGGCGAGCCGUACUUGGAUCCGCCAGUCGCCGUAUGCAGCCGCCGCUGACGUUGGAGCCUGUAGCACCGGCUGUACGGCAGUACGGCGACGGUUUUGCAGGCAUGCUGACAAACGCGCAGAUCCAGGAGUGGAUGAGUCAGCACGCGUCGCGGUUGCUGUUGCCGCGACACAUGCAUGAGAUUGCGGACAUUGUGUUUAGGCCGCCGAGCGCUGUUCCGGAAAAGAAGCCGCCCAAGUGCCAGCCCGAAACCAACUCCGUGACCACGCUCUCUCCGCCCGUGAUCCUGGGAGGUCGUUACCCUCCCCUCCACAUCUCCCGACUCGCCAGCGAUCCAGGUUUCAUAACAUCCCUGCUGUCCGGCCUAGAGGGCGUUGAUCCCAACGACAGCGGGGUACAGGCGGUCGUGACGGCGCUGCAAGGGAGGGACGUCACCGCCAGGGAUGAAGACCUUGAACCCGGGAGGCGGAGGCUGGGCCAGCAGCAGCCACCGCAGCAGUCGGCGGCGGCGGCGGCGGCGGCGCUUGCGGGCAAACCGGGACGUCCGGGCUCUGGAAUGCCGGCGCGGUGUUAGGAGGUACGGCCCGGCCUGGCCCGGCCCUGGAACGCGGGGUGGUUACAACUGGUGCCUUUGCAGAGCCGGUAUUGCAUCGCAUGUGCGCAUGUUAGGAAGUAGUGUGUUAGGAGGUAGGAGCAGGGCCCUGCAUGUACAUUUGUUGUUGGAAAAGGUGGAGGGAAGGAGCUCCGGAGGCCGUUUUAUACGUCGGCCAGGAGGGUGUAUUGUAGGCCAAGUCACGGGCAGCUUGGGGCUGGAGCCGUGCCCAUGUGAGGUGAACAACCGCCGUGACUGAGGCCAGGGUGUAGGCUGAUUUGGGCUAACGAGUUGCGGUGGUGGUUGAAAUUACUGCUACUGCUGUACACUGACGGUUGAAAGUACGACCGGCAAAACUAUGGUUAAGAGGUUACGCGUGGAAUUUAUGAGAUGGCGGAUGGUGGCGAAAAAGGGCUUCUUUGCGUGUCAACUACGGUUUUGCAAUGGCUUUGGGGAGCAGGGGUAGAGCGGCAAAGGCGAGAUCGAGGACGCAGGGAUGGCGGGCAGGUUGUGUGGGGGUCGUAGCCCCGCUAUGUAGGCAGUGAGGUGCAAGGACUGGUUUGGCUGGCGGGGUUUGCAAGCUGGGAUGAUGGCCGAGUGAGGCAUCACUGUGCAUGUGCAGGGUGCUGCUGGUGGCAUGUAGCGUAGCGCACAAGGGCCUCAUAUUGCAGCAUCCCCUUCAUUGGCAAGGUUAUGGUAUGGUACACUACAACAACGCAGGGUAGCGGUACCGGUAAAGCACAAUGGAUGUGGACAUGGACACAUACAUGAGCUAUCUGAGUGGGGUUGGAUGGGGUUUGCAAGUGCUUGGGCUCACGUGCUCACGUGCGGCAUGCCUCGGCAUUGCCGCUGCAUUUGCUGUACGCAUAUAUGCUCCUACAGCAAGCGAGGCAUGUACGAAUGUACGGAAGCCAGAAAGGUAUAUGGGUUUUCUUGUUGGGGGCUGCCAGCAUGUCGUACGUCUUUUUGUGCAAGAAAUGCAGCUAGAAGUGUACCUGAAGAAAGGAGCAUUGGAUGCGAGGCCCGUCUGUUACUUGGCUUACUUCCCCUGUGUACGUUUGCGGAUGUGAUGUUACGGUGUCGUACGGCCUUUGGGGGUCGGGGCUGGAUCCGUCAUAGUGGUGCGGUACAUUCGUAAGACGCAGGUGGCUUGUACGGACAACGAAACCCCAGUAUCAUUGUGCUUUUGAACCUUAACCAGCCCAGGCUGUGUGCGCAAGUGUGGCAGUGCGGACACAGGGCCUCGGGU